UCAAAUACACUUUUUCCUACCCAAUUAUAUCUGCAGGUGCUAAAGAAACAAGAUCAAAAGAAGGGGAAAAUAACCUUCGUAAUCGACAUAAAACAGGUAUUACAAUAUAAUCUGGUUUUAUCAACUGAGUUGAUAACGUGAAUUAACCACCUGUAAGAGAUUAUGAAGCUGACGUUUCGAGCGUUUGCCUUUCAUCAGAGCGAAUGGUUAUACUCCCACAGAUGCAGCAUCACAGUUUCCCUAGAAGCCAACCCCCAUAAAACAGGAAUUGUGUAAUUUAGAAUUCUGUCACUUAUUGUUACAGUACAUUUUGUGCAUCGUAAACUGAACAAUUUUAUUUUUUCAUUUUUGCACCUGAUAAAGAAACGAAGCCCAAUGAAAAGAAAAACCGAUCUCAGAAUCCAAGAGAAGCAGGUACAGUCGAACGUAUAUCGUAGAAUAUUUUGAGGCAUAUGCAUGUUGAUAGUUAAAAAGCAUUUUACGCAGUGAAUCUCCUCAAACAUUUUAAAACAAGGAUCCUUGGUCCGAUCAUUGAAUGUUGAAAGCAUUUGCAAAUGAUAAUGCCACGAAGAUUAAGAGCAUUCGUUUAGUUUCAGUAUUUAAAGUGAGCUAAAUUUGCUUCAAGCUUUAACCUGAACAAAAAUUUUUUUGGUUCUUCUAGUCGAUCGAUCGAUUUAUUGUGAGAUCAAUCAGCUGUGAAUAAUUUUGGAUGUCUUAAUAUAUUAUUAUUAUAUUUUAAUAUAAAGCCAUUUUUAAUUACGCCCUUUUUAGCAACUUCAGUGUAUCACUUCAGUGCGUCCGCGCCUUACAGGUGGCAGUUCAAAGAAGAAGAUUCCCCUUCCUGGGGUGAUUUCGGACCAUAUGACAAUGAUGCUUUGGAAAGGCUUUAUUGCAAGGUGGAAAACUUGGAAGUUGACGUAGUCCUUGAGGACACUGCAAUGAGGUAAGAAAGCUUUAAGGUCCUCCUUAUUUGGUCUUGGAUACUCGAAACAACCCUUCCCCUCGAGAGAACUUUACGGAGCAUUUGUAUGGAGUUAUGAGUUGUAACAGCUGUCAGCUCACUAGUCUCUCUCGUGGCAGCCAGGCAGGUUACAUAUUGGAAAAGAUGGAAACAAUUUGAGCCGUUUCGUCUUGGGCAGGCGAUCCGAAGUGUUUACAUGAGAACAAGUUGUCCCACCUGAUAGAGUUACCCUAGCUGCAGAAGCGAGAGAACUCGUUAACCCGAGUUGUCACGACCCCUGAGACGAAUUCGCUAUAUUUUCAUAUAGAUGGUCGAUUCAGUUAAAUUUUUCGAAAAAAAAUGUGAGAGGUGCACUCGGUCAGGGUAACUCAUGGGGAGGGUUACCUCGGGUACCCAACACCGUAAGAAAUGAACCCUUAAAAAGGUGAGCAUGUACUGUUAACGAACUCUGCCAAGCGGAUUUCUGAUAUCGAUUUGUGUGGUGCACAUCAGAAUACUUAAUUUAUAAGCCAAUUCGCCGCUCACCCAGUCUUCAGAUAUUUUGGAUAGAAUAGGAAUUUUGUCCUAAAAGAUAAUUGGCAAUAGUCUUUUGGUAAUUUACAGCGUUUUCUGGAGGCGAUUAGAAAUUUUCCGAUAGCUAUAGUUUUUUUUCUCCCUGAAAAAAUAUGAAAUAUCAGAAAUCGAAUGUAAUGGUAGUCUUUCGCUCAAAAACGUUAAUAACGAGGGGUUUUCAUGGAAACACUUCACAGCCUUUGUAGAGACAUCGUAAUUUUUUGUCUUUGUUUUAGAUAUUCAAGACUAUUAUUAGCACGAUUAUCAGUUAACUUUGAGGAGAUGUCGAUGAGCUCGCAUUCCUCCGAGAAGUUAUUACUCCGCCGGCUCUCGGGACCGUCCUACGUACGGGAACCGAGCAACAAGUCAUCCACACAGUGGGUUUGGUAUUGGCAAGACAAGGAUGGAUGGAAGAAAUACGCGGAAACGCUGGUAAGUGGAAGUUUUGCCUGCUUAGACUUAAAACGUCAUCGAGGUACAAGAGGGGGAAGAUUAAGCUGCUGGCAAACCCUGCCUCCCUUUCACACACACACAAACACUCAACAUAUAAACAAGUUGAAAUAAAACUACGAGUCAUGCAUGUUAAAUAGAGUCCUUUUGAUACGAAGACGGGACAGUCUAGGAAGAGGGAUCAUGGCGGAGGAAACCUGGUAGAGUUCAUCGUCAUAAGAAACGCGAGGACGGGAUCGAGGGCGGAUCAGUGUCGUAUCAUUGUUUACAUUUUUUUUACUAAGUAAUGUCAUCAUUUAGAGAGGUUCGCGACCUUCUCCUUGACAGUUUCGAUGACGGGAAAUAAUAGGAGGACGAAUUUCUUCUUCUCUAUGAUUCAAACGCGUCUAAAAAUCCUGAUUUUCCGUACGAGUGCUAUGGGGAAUUCUCCCUUGAUGACCUGGACGACAGCGAGUGUUUAGCCGAGUUUUAUGUUCAUAAAACUGACAUCCCAGUUCUGCCGGAUGCCUCUCAGCUCCCUCAGACUUUCAUAUGCCGACAAGGAACAAAAUGUGAUGGUAUUAAAUGGUUAAAUGUUACCUUCUGCUUCGUAGCUUACAGGGAUAGUAAUGAGCACAAGUGAACUAACACAAACAUAAAAAAAACUACGCUUUAUGUUUUGGUACUUGCCGAUUUUAUUUCUGUCGUAAACUCCAUCAGACAAUCUCCUGGGAAAACGUACUAUAUCUUUACAGUAACACUGUGUCAUGAGCAGAUGUACGACAGAAAAAAUACUUAGUCGCUGGCAACUGAAUUUAAAAGCCAACUGAUGCUAUUAUAAUCUUUUAGUUUAACAAUACUCAAAAUUUACUAGAAUUAUUAUUUUAAGUGAAUUGAAGUAAAAAUCCAUCAAGCAACUAAUGUGCAGUCCUCAAUCUGAGGGAUUAUUUGAAAAUUAUCCAGCGAAAGAAGACUGCAUCAUUUGCUAUGAAAAGGGUAAAUCCUCAUGGAAAUGAUACAAAGCAGAUCAGAGGUCAGUGGGAAAGAGGGGCAAAUAGGCAGGAUUCCAUCAUCUGAAGAAAAUAUAGAGUGCGUUCCUUUGGGAUGAUCCAGAUCAGGAUCAGUGAUCUCGGAUCACUGAUACUGAUCCGGAUCAUCCCAAAGGAACCACCCAUAGAUAACUACUACUGUUUACACACUUUCACCUCUUGAAAAUUUGGAAACAAAUUGUCCAGCGUUUCCUCAAUAUUUUCUAAGAAAUAGCUUCUGUUAGUCAAGAAGUAUUUUGGUUUCUUAUUACCCCCUACACAUAUACCCUUCUUUGAGAGACGUGUAUUGGGUCUCCAGAUUCUGAUGUCAGAAGAAUACAUACUAUAAAUAGCUUUUUUUUUACAUGGUGAUCAUUUUGCUUAUUCCCAUGACCAUUCUGUUUGAUGACAGGCUGCAAUAUUGUAAGGGCUAUUACACACUUGUCACAUUUAGGGGUUAAAAUAUACACAUGUCAGCCUAUGCCAUACGUUUCCAGUGCCUCCUUGUCAAUCAGGAAAAUCUGUUAAGACUCCAGUCUAUUUAAGAUAUUUUGUUGUGAUACUUUAUUCGCCUUAUCAACAAGAAGGGACACAGAUAUACCUAAAACAAUAAAGGUUGCUUUGGUAAUUUGUGUAUACAGAACAAGGCAAUGAUAUGCUUGAGUGAUCAUUAAACAAUAGAUUCUCAGUGCACCAUUACCAAUGCCCAAACCAACCUUUAUUGAAUCAGCUAAAUUUAUACAUAUCAUAAAUUCCAUGACAUUUUUUAUAUAUUAUUCUUGGAGCAAAAACUACCUAUUUGCUUGAAAAGUAACAGAGAAGUCUUUGUCUUCUCUCUACUACUCUAAAUGUGCAGGGUCUGUAGUGGGAGCGCAGAAGGGGGUACGAGAACAGUCUUAAACAUGUACAGUCGACUCCCGAUAACUCGAACCUUCAAGGGAAAUCGAAAAAAGUUUCGAGUUAUCGGGAGUUCGAAGGAAAUAACCGAGAGUAAGGUAAAAAGCAGUUUUUACUGCACAGUGAACAUUUUAAUCACAUUUAAUUGUAGAAAUGUCAAGUGAAAAUUAAAAGAUACUUUUAGGUUAUAAAUCAGAACGUAACGUAAAAAAACAUAGCCUAAAUAAAGCCUGCGUUUUACUGUUUUGAGAAGAAACGCUGCUUCACGUUAGCCUGUGACAAUCAAGAUUAGCCUUCACUAGUAAACUAUACUCCUACAACAAGUCAAUAGGAAAUCCAAAAUUCAAUGUUUCGGGCGCCAGUAGAGGGCUUUUUUCCCGACUUUUUAGGGGCUCAAAACAUGGUUCGAGUUAUCGAGGGUAAAAUUAUAAAGAAAAUGACCUAAGGGGAAACAAAAAUUGGUUCGAGUUAGCGGGAGUUAGAGUUAUCGAGGGUUCGAGUUACCGAGGGUAAAAUUACAGUGAAUGUAUGACGGAAAUCCAGGGGAAAUCGAUUUUGGUUCGAGUUAGCGAGGGUUUGAGUUAUCGGGAGUCGACUGUAAAUAAUAAAUGUGGGGAACACAAAAACAAGGGCUCCAAACUGAUCCAUGUGUUAAUUAUUAUCAGCUGAGCACAAGGCCAGUUAAUUAUUUUAAGACCCUCAUUUGUUGUCUGACUCAUUUUACAAGCCUGAAUAGGGAUUCAACAAGCUUGUCUCCGAAAUGGGUCAACUUUGAUUUGGGUCACAUCAUUGUUCAACUCUGCAGUAACCCUGUGCUUUUUUGUUUUAAGGUUUAUAGGCUUUCUUUUAGUGGAAAGUGCACUUAGCUUAUCCAGCUAGUUUACAGGCACUCUACUGUAAUAACAAGUCAUUCUUACGGACAAGCGUACACGAGUCUUUUUAGUGGCUGAUAUAAAAUUAAAUGAAAAAGUUUCUUGUUGUCUAAGCACUCUGCAGUCCUAUGGCCAGCUGCCUGUAGUUUUGUAGGCUCAGUUGGUAACAUUUUGCAGGUGAGGCUUAUUGAUGUGCUCAGAUCACAGAUGCUAACAGUAGCACUUGUACUGAUUUUCCUUUGAUCAACAUUCCUGCCUACAUACAAAAAUGUUAUCAGAAAACAUUAAAACUUGCAUCCCUUAUUCAAUUAAUAGCCUGUCUUCUAACAACCUAACAUUUAAUAAUUUUGUAACAGUAUUUUACCAUUUAGGUUUUAAGCUUUCUUUACAGUUGUAGCAAAAUAUAUGGAUUUCAUAGAGUGAUUUUACUUGACCCGUAAAACAGAUACUAACAACUAGUGAAUAAUAGCAACAGAUAAACAAAAGAAGACAAUAGAGUUAGUGUAUAAUAGUGCGUAGUAUUCUACUACCUAUUUCACGGGUCAGGUAAAAUCACUUUAGCUUAAAAAUAAUAUUCACACAGUGAAUAAUGGAUUAAGUGGUCACUCGCAAGAGGUUAAAUAAUCAGAUAUAAAACUAUCACCAAGGUACAAGAUGUUUGAUCAUAGCAACCUUUUUUACGCAAGGGAAAGUUUGAUGAAUGCCGCAAAUCCUCUCUAACAAUUCCCCCAUCUUUUAUAAGUCCCUCUCUCCUCAUUCUUCACAGCCAAAUUACUAACCUCCUGCGCCCCUCCUACAAACAUGCUUGAAAUAAAUUAGUGCCCCGGGGUCCUAACUAGAGGAUUUACGGUAGGAGGUCACUUACAGGAGAUUAUCCCGCAAGGUCCUAGUUAGGUAUUUCAAUAUUUUUAAUAAAAUAAAUGGAAACUUCUUUGGGUGAGCAAUUUGACUCUGGCCUGAAGGAAAUGGUUUAAUUCUCUGGGGGUUGCCUACGCAGAGAGGGCUACAUGGGUGGGUGAUAUUGGGGUUGCAUUUAAACUGAGUUACUGGAAUGGGUUUACACAUUUUCACAUGAUUUUACUUCAGAAGUAAACACAAAAUAAGUACAGUCGACCCCCGAUAACUCGAACCCUCGCUAACUCGAACCAAAAUCGAUUUCCCCUGGAUUUCCGUCAUACAUUCACUGUAAUUUUACCCUCGGUAACUCGAACCCUCGAUAACUCGAACUCCCGCUAACUCGAACCAAUUUUUGUUUCCCCUCAGGUCAUUUUCUAUAUAAUUUUACCCUCGAUAACUCGAACCAUGUUUUGAGUCCCUAAAAAGUCGGGAAAAAAGCCCUCUACUGGCGCCUGAAACAUUGAAUUUUGGAUGUCCUAUUGACUUGUUGUAGGAGUAUAGUUUACUAGUGAAGGCUAAUCUUGAUUGUCACAGGCUAACGUGAAGCAGCGUUUCUUCUCAAAACAGUAAAACGCAGGCUCUAUUUAGGCUGUUUUUUUACGUUACGUUCUGAUUUAUAACCUAAAAGUAUCUUUUAAUUUUCACUUGACAUUUCUACAAUUAAAUGUGAUUAAAAUGUUUACUGUGCAGUAAAAACUGCUUUUUACCUUGCUCUCGGUUAUUUCCUUCGAACUCCCGAUAACUCGAACCUUUUUUCGAUUUCCCUUGAAGGUUCGAGUUAUCUGGAGUCGACUGUAAAUAUAUGAUUGACUAGUGAGGGGUUUGUCUUGAUGAAUUAGAAAGCAGUAAAAUACGCGCCAGAUAAAAACCAGCUGCAUUCAAGUAAGAGAGUGACAGUGACAAAAAUACUACUAAGAUGCCAAAUAAUACAAUCUUGCGUUAAUUCUCUAAGUUUCUUUUUAUUUCUUUGUCUUUUCUUUUUUCCUUUUUUGAAUCUUCCGGGGCAAAGCAAGAGAAAAUAGAAGCUCAGUAUCUAAAAAAAAAGGAAAUUUACCUUCUUAAAAUUGGCCCUCACAAUUACCUAAUUACAUUCGACGAUAAACCUAUGUACCAAAGAAAUGUGGAUUCAGGAGUUGGAACAUUGCGUCAAGUAAGAAGGAGACCACUGUUAACAAAGAGGUGGGUGACCGCAGUUGUGUAUCUCCGCUUUAUUCGCUAUUGCUUAUUUUUGUUUGUUUUCCGUUGUUUUUGUUAAUGUUUAUUUUUCGUGUUUUGCUAUGAUUUAGGGCUUGAAAAGCAAGUUAUAAGAACGUGCCAGAAAUGUUUUUGCCCGACAGUUUAGAUGGUGCACCUAGCUACAUUUAACGUUAUUGUAGAUGCAACAGCGGGCGUUUCUCGAGUAAAAAGUUAUAAGAAAUUACCCUUCGCAGUUUUUCUUUUUCUGUCAUUAUUUAGGGCUUCUUGCGGGGAUUCUACUGAAGCAGAGGAAUUGGACAAGAGACCGCCGGGUUCCUAUAUUCCAAGUCACUGGUCCUCUAUGCCGCCCUGUGAGCAAUAUACACACAUUUCGUUACCGAAAUUUUCGAAGGAAUUCAAAGAGGUGGAACAGCUGUUCAGAAAAUGGAUGGAAAACGACAUGGAAAUCGAGAAAAUCUCCCGAGUGCAGAACCCGUUCUUGUGGGAAACCUAUUGCAGGUAACCGUAACCUACGACCGCACAAGAGAUAUAUAAUACACACCCAACCUACUUUAAGUGGUAACGUAGGAUAAAAGUAAUGGAAUUCUCCCACCCCUCUUCCCUUACCCGAGGGAAGCGGAGAGGGGUGGUGAGUUUCACCUUUGUUUAAAAGAUUGGUAUGCCUCAGAAAUGUACAAUACACGGCCAAGUUAGAGGCGAAUAUAGAAAGGUCACGAACUACUUUUUAAUCUUGAAACGUGGUCAGUGCCUUUUAACAUUUCAUCUACACUUCAUGAUGGAGGGGAACGUGAUUUUGGAGAAACCUUUCCUUAAAAGUUAAUGAACAUUUUAAACCAGUCUCCAAACAUUGAAUUACGCAAAGAAAAAGGUCUGAUCAGUUGGUGAUAAUCAGUGACAAUAUGUGGUUGACAAGGUGCGUUAAAAGGUUGUAAUUUAAAGUACUGGAUUAAUUAGCUCGGCACGCGAUUCUAAAACUGUCAACAUCUGUCCUUCAGCACAAACAGUCAAUAAAUGACUUUCUCUUUCCAGGAAAAAGGAAAACAUGGCAGAAGUAGCUAAUGGUGAUCAGCGCAAGGUCAAUGAGAAAAGAUUGUUCCACGGAACCAGUCCAAGCUCCGUGGAGGCCAUCUGCAAGAACAACUUUGAUUGGCGUCUAAACGGCAAGAACGCGACUGCGUAUGGUAAAGGAAGCUACUUUGCAGUGAAAGCAUCCUACAGUCACAAAUACACAACAGAAGAUGGCAAUAAGUCUCGAUUCAUGUUCUUAGCUAAAGUUCUCGCAGGUUCGUAUAUAAAGGGCGAAUCCAGUUAUCGGAGACCACCGCCGAAGCAACCAUCAAAUCCCGUCAGCGACCUGUACGACUCCUGUGUGAAUCGUCAGUCGAAUCCAACCAUCUUUGUCAUCUUUGACAAAAAUCAGAUCUACCCAGAGUACAUCAUCCAGUAUCGCUCCAAUUAA